GCCCACAGCUGUUGUGCGCCUGCGCGUCAGGCUGAGCUCCCCAGCGGGUGGUGGGGCUGAGGUGCUAUUAUGGCGGACCCCGGGGUUCCCGGCCGGUACGAAAGUGGCACGGGAAAUCUGGGGAAGGAGGCGGCGGGUCCUGGAGGAGCCCUGGUGGAGCUCACCCCGACCCCCGGCGGCCUGGCUCUGGUGAGCCCCUACCAUACCCACCGGGUCGGGGACCCCUUAGACCUCGUGGCGCUCGCUGAGCAGGUGCAGAAGGCUGAUGAAUUCAUCCGAGCAAAUGCUACUAACAAGCUGACAGUCAUUGCUGAGCAAAUCCAGCAUUUGCAAGAACAAGCUAGGAAGGUGCUGGAGGAUGCUCGCAGAGAUGCCGACUUGCACCAUGUGGCUUGUAAUAUGGUGAAAAAACCUGGCAGCAUUUACUACCUUUACCAGCGGGAAAGUGGCCAGCAGUACUUUUCCAUUAUUUCUCCAGAGGAAUGGGGAGCAGGCUGUCCCCAUGACUUCCUUGGUGCCUACAAGCUGCAACAUGAUAUGUCGUGGACUCCUUAUGAAGACGUGGAGAAGCAAGAUGCUAAAAUCGCCAUGAUGGACAAACUGCUGAGCCAGCCCGUGGCCUUGCCCCCAUGCACUGAGCCCUCCUUCCAGGGACUGCCUCACUGAGUAUGGCUCUGACUAGCAGCCCCAUGAGCAAGGCCUGAGCGCUACCCACCUCCUGUCCACAUCAUUCUUUCCCUGGGAGUGGGGGGAAGGAGGACUAUGGGUAUUUGGGUGAAUCAUGAACUGCUUGGAAGAUGAUCUUGAUGAUGUAGCUGCUGUUUUGCUGUCAGUUGGGAUGGUAAGGAAUCACAGAACUGGGGGAUCUUCUUGGGUCCGCUGAUGCUCAGUCAGUUGGUUUCCAAGGAUUGGCUGGUGCUUUCCUUCACCUCCAGCUGUUCCUCCCUUUAAGUCAAAACACUGGGGAGGAAGAGCCUUCCUAGCAAGCUGGUGAGUCAUUCUCCAAGAGGAACCGUUUGUCUCUUUUUUGUGUCGGGUUGGUAUUGAAGCUGUCUUCAUAGGUGCCUCCACGCUGAUCUCAGGCUGACCCAGGAGCCUCAGUGUUGCCUAAGAGGGAUUGAAAAAACAGCAAAGCCUUGGCCUGGCUAGGUGAGAGUGUUGACUCUAGAGUUUCAGUCCUGAUGGCGUCCCGUUUGCCCUUCUGCCCUUCCAUCCUAGUGAGACUGACGGGACACUGAAGCAGCAGCCCGGCAGGCCAGGUUUGGGAAGUCAUCCUAAAUCCUGCAGGUUAGACCUAGAAGAUGUAUGCAAGGCUGCCACUGCUGUUUAUGUGUCCUUCCUAAAGCCUUCUUAGGGACAGCCUGAGCACAGCACCACCACAAGGCAGACCCAUCAAAUGGAAGGGCUGGAGAGAAGGUCAGCCAUCCAGGGGCUUGCUGCUCUGCUGGAGGACCUGAGUUCCAUUCCCAGUCAGCUCAUAACCACCUGUAAGAGAGACCUCACACUCUCCUCUGACUCCAUUAGCCAGACACACGUGGCACACACCAACACCCCCCCAGAUAUACAUAUCCAUACAUUUAAAAAUGAAUCUUCUCAAAGAGGGAUAGUAUGGAAGAAUAGGGCAGGAGGACACAAAACAAGAAAAAUGAAGAGACAGGAGUAUUUCUGAGUUCGAGGCCAGCCUGGUCUAUAGAGUAAGUUCCUGGACAGCCAGAGCUACAUAGAGAAACCUUGUCUUGAAAAAACAAACAAAAAAGACCGAUCUGUCCUCAGGUUAGGAGUUGUUAACCUGUAAUUGACUAGUACUGGUUGGCUUUAAUAUGUUAAUCCUGCCUUAGCAUCCCUGGUGGUGGAUUUACAGGCAUGAGCCAUCACACCUAACAAGUUAGCUCAGAUUGGAACUCUUACUGAAUAAAUGAUGAACUGAA